AUGGUGCCCUCCAGUACGCUUGUCGCAUGUCUUGCGUUACAUUUCUCCUGUGUUUAUUCGUUCCAAAUCCCACUGUCUUGUCCAGACGCCGUGGCUAAGUUUGCAGAAAAGUUUGUUUUAUCGAAAAAGGCCGACGAACAGCCAGCUUUUGAGGCAGCUAACUCGACUUUCUCGUCCUCCACUUCAUCCUUUGCAACCUCCUCCUUCGUUUCCUCCUCGGCAUUUUCCUCGCUAACGUCCUCCACGCAAACAUCAACUUCGUCAUCCUCCUCGUCGCAAGCAUUCUCGUUCUCGUCUUCUGCGCAGUCGUUUUCAUCUGCAGCUCAGUCAAGCAGUAAUCAAGCCCUGCAAGCGUCGUCGUCGGCAGAUUUCACAUCGUCAGUGGCGUCUUCUUCUGCUGCUUUCUCCUCGUCCGCUGCUGACUCUACUUCUGCUGAAGACUCCACUUCUUCUUCAGAAGACAACGCAUCGUCAUCGACUGCAGCAUCUAGUGAGCAGGAAUCGUCGUCAAGCCCUACUACUUCAUCUGCUGACUCUUCCAUCACCAGUCUUCCUGUUACUCACACCUUUUCGUCUGUGACAAAUGGUCGUACUGUUAUCGUCACUCGUACAUCCCUAGUUGCCACCAACACUUCGGAACCGACAGCCUCGUCCAGACAAAACAAAGGAGGCAGCUCUGGUGGCUUGAGUAACACCAACAAGAUUGUUGUGGGUGUUGUUGUCGGUGUUGGAGGUGCCAUUCUUCUUGCUAUUGUAGCACUCGUGUUCUGGAUGAGACGCAAGGGUAACACUUUCAAUCAAAGCGGAUGGACAUUCUGGCGUAAGAGUGAGAAGGACGCUGAUGACACUUUCUUCAACGGAGAAUUGGGUGUGCGUGAUCGUAACAUCAACCAAGGCUCCAACUUCUGA